UAUGCAUGUGAAGGCAGGCGAGCGAAUACUUUUGGCAAUAUAGGGUAUGUACUGUAUGUAACUGUCUAAUGUGGGAUUUUUUAUUAAAUUUUUUAUUUAUCUAAACACUAAAAUAUUUAGUGCUUUUCUGAGAAAUAACAGUUUUUUUAUUGCAAUUACUUAAAACAAUACGAAAUAAAAUACAAAGCACAUAAAUUACAGUAAAGGAAAACAAAGGACAAUUAAGUAUUAUUAAUAUGCGAGUACAAAAUAAAGGAAAACGAAAGAAAACGUGAAUUGCUUAUACACAGAGUUUUAAAAAGUGAGGUUUUAUUGUUGAACAGACUGAGCCAGACAGUUAUGGUGCAGAAACACACAGCUCAACGACUUCCGCUUUCAAUAAACAAGAUCUCUAGAGUGACAGCUUCCUGGUCCAAUCAGCGCCUUUGAAACUGUUCACGUGAUUCAGAAGGCUGGCUGCACACACAAUGAGAAGAGAACGGCGAACGGAGAUUAUUUAUUUUUUUAAGAUAGAAUCCCUGACGCUUGGCGUUUAUUAAAAUAUAUGAUCGGCUAAAUAGUUGCAAAAAAAGUUGGGAAUCAUCCAGGUUGUUUCUAAAUUCGGGAGAAAACGGCUUUGAAGAGGCUCUAACGAUCCUGCAGAUGGUGCACGAGGGACUGUCAGGGCGGUAACGCACGCGAAAGAGAGCGCGAGGGAAAGAAGGCCCUCGCCUGCGCGCGACAGACCUGCGGGGAUAAGUGAAGAGCGCCGCCUAAAGACUCGCAGCAGAGCCGCGGACACCGCAGGGCGCUCGGACAACAGUCCGCGGAAUAACCGAGAGCGCCGCCAAACGCUCGUCACGGGGCAGAACGUCUUUUAUAAGACGAAAAAAACCCGGGGUUGUUUUUUUUUCCCCCCACGAACCGCGUUAAUACGGCUAAAUAACAUGGUGUAGCGUUUUGUUUGUAAUGGCUGCGUCAGACUUGCGCAUAUAACGGCCGCGUUAAACUAUAUGGCAAAAUAAUUAUAUCCCUGCGUUGUGUUCGUGCUGUUUUGAGGGUCAAUGAUUAACUCGCGUGAUCGCAUUAUUAUUAUCUAUACAUAUAAUAAAGCUGUAAAGGUGACGUGUCAUUGAAGAUAUUUACGGAAAAAAAUAUUUAGGGGACGUAAGAUGAGUAAUAGGGCAUAUCAAGAUGUUUUUUGGAUUUUAUGUCUGUCUGUCUGUCUGUAUGUUUGUGCACGCAUCACGUUAAAACUACUAAAUGAAUUAUAAUGUGGUUUUCACAGGUGUAUUUGUCCGAGCUUGAGGUAACAUAUAGGCUUUGUUUCAUCGCAGUCGGCUCACGGCGAGAAGACAUGCUAUUUUGAAAUUUAAAUGUAAAACAGCCUUAGCUAAGAAAACAAAAUAGUGCGCCACACAUGGUGCUGGACGUAUUGUAAAGCUAGUAAUGGAUAUAAAAUAGGUGGUUGUGGUUGGUCUUUCGGCUGCUCCCGGCAAGGGGUCGCCACAGCGGAAUGUCCAGUCUGCACUACAACUUGGCACAGGUUUUACGCCGGAUGCCCUUCCUGACACAACCCUUCCAUUUUAUCCGGGCUUGGGACCGGCACAGCAUCCAGACAUAAAAUAGGAAAUCAUAAAUAAAAAAAAAUAGAUCAUCUUAAAAUUUAACAUGGGGCAUUUUAAAUUAUUUUUUCACGCUUAUGAGUGUGCAAUUGAAAUCUACCUAAUAGAAUCAAUCUCGCAGCAUCAUUCCGCGCACAUCACAGUAAGGUAAAAAAUUUUAGUUAAUUUCAAAAUUCAACAGGUGGCGCUAUAAUUUUUUUAAGUGUGCAAUUGAAAACUAGUUAAUAGGCGUGAUCUUGCGUCUUUACAUUCCACGUUUUCUAUAGGAAGAACGUUCAAAUAAACACUACUUCAUUUACUUGACUCGAAAAAAUUGUAUUAAAUAUACUAUUUGCUUUUUGAUUUGAAUAAUAUUGCUGUUUAGAAAGUUUUGUCGCUCUUACUUGACUAGGCUUAAAAUGCAGUUUUAAUGGCUUUCGCUUUGUAAUUUGGAUAUUGUUUAUUGAAAAUUUUCAAGUACUUUACCUACUUAUAGGUUUUUUUGGGGGGUAAGACAAUGCCUUCAAGAAAAAAAUCAAGUCUUUCUCAGUAUUCCAGAAAUGCUAAAAGGAUGAGAGCGAUUAGAUCCCGAGAAUCCGAUGAAGAUCGUGAGGCGAGACUCGCUGCUGCUCGAGAGCGUCAGGCCGCAGCUCGCUCUCUGGAAACUUCUACCCAGCGUGAAUCCCGGCUGUGUGCUCAGCGCAUUCGCACAGCUGCUUCUCGAGCGCUCGAAAGCAGUAAGGAACGUGAAGCGCGGCGUACCGCCGAUCGGGAGCGCCAUACAUUGUCUCGUGCUUUAGAAACCUUAACUGAAAGAGAAUCUCGCUUGAGUUCUCAGCUUGUCCGUACAGCUUUUUCUCGCUUGUUUGAAAGCAACAAGGAACGUGAAGCACGACGAACCGUUGAUCGUCAGCGUCACGCCGAGUCUCGCGCCUUUGAAACGUUUACACGACGUAAGGGGCGCUUAAGUGCCGAUCGCAAUCGCCAUAAUAUUGCCAGAGCUUUCGAGAGCGAAGACCAAUACCGCCGACAAUUGGAAUCAGCCAGGGAGAACUAUGAGCGCGCGCGUCAAGAUCGUGAGGAUUUUUUUUUGUUUGAAAGGGAGAGAAUAGGUGAGACGUGGCAGGCGGAAACUGAAAAACAACGCCAAGCUCGACUUCGUCACUCUUUUGAUAUUAUUUCGAUUUCAUCUCAAGAUUCUGAUGAGUCUCAAGAAGAUGGUGCAGUAAAGUAUGAACUUCCUUGGAUUGUAAAGGAUUACGUCCUACAGCCAGAUGGCUCCGUCACCCCUGUGGCCAAAGUGCAAAAUCUGGUGCUGGAUGAACAGAGAGCUGGGGAGAUCCUGUCGUUAGCCCAGGCUCUUCGAGAGCAGCAGACUCUGUCCAAGCCUACGGCGUCACCCAGAGCGACUCUUCUUUCAAGCGGCCAGUGCCUGCCCGGCUCCACUUCCGCUAUGCUCCGCCUCCAGUUCUGCUCCGCCCAAGCCAUCGCAGACGGCUCGGCGUCGACGACCGUUCGCAAAACCAAGCUCCUCCCUUCGCUUCUCCCGACUGAGCCGAUCAGGCUUGAGAACGGCAUCACGACUCUUAACCUCCUCCCCGAUGUUGAGCACACCGACCUGGGGAAGCAGGCAGGGGAGGAGGUGUUGAUCAUUCACCCGUACGAGUGCUCCGAGUGCAACCUGCUGUUCAGCACUCCUGAAGAUUUUCUUCACCACCAGGGGGAGCACUUUCUGGCUCAGGACAAAGAGAGCGGAGGCACCGGGGUCAUGUUGGGCUACGAAGACGUCACCAGAGUGAGAGCCGAUGAGGGACGGAAAGGUGACGCGAGAGAGGAGGGGAGUAGAGCAGAGCAGGGGAAAGGCCAAGGAGGGCGGCGUUCGUAUACGGCUCGGUUGGCCGAUCUGGGAGUCACCUCGUCCAUCUCGUCCGUCAACCUGCGCUGCGAGGAGUGCAAGAGGACGUUCACCACGGCCAAUCGGCUGGCCGCGCAUCUCCGGGUGCACGAGCAGGGAACACACGAAUGUCCUGAAUGUGACAAGGUGUUCAAGAAGGUGGGGUCACUCCAUACACACAUGCGCACACACUCCGGAGAGGCCCGCUUCCUGUGUGUGGACUGUGGACACAGCUUCACCACGGAGAUGACCCUCAUCAUACACAGGAAGUCCCACACAUCUGAGCCUCUCCACAGGUGCCCUUUCUGUGCCAAAACCUUCACCAAUAUGACCAAGUUUCUGUACCACCGCCGCACUCAUACUAACCGCGAACCAGUCAGCGCCGCCUCCACAGUUCCACUGACUCAGCGGACGCCUCUGUCUAUUAUGCAGAGGGCGAGAGAGCGAGAGGCCGUGUGGAGAAAACAGAAACAGGCAGCGGUUCCGGCUCCCGAGGCGGAUACGUCCGAGAGCAUUCUCGAGGCCGCGGCUUCUCUUUCUCAGGCUGCCGCAACGGUAGAGAACGGAGUGGAUUCUAAAGAUCCUACGACAGGAGACUCGCAGGCGAAUCUGGACAACGAUCUCGACGCAGGCGUUAUGAAUGAUUCUGACGAAUGGCAGGCUCCCAUUACGGAAGAAGAUAUCAAGUUCCCUUGCUCUACCUGCAGUAAAAGCUUCGCCUCCCGAAUCCGUUUGUUAAGCCACCGGCGAUCUGCGCACUCCAGCGAGCGGCGCUUCAAGUGCAACGUAUGCGGAAAGCCUUUCAAGAAGCAGAUCCACCUGCGGAACCACCUGCGCACGCACACGGGCGAGCGGCCCUUCCAGUGCAGCGUGUGCGGCAAGACCUUUUCCUCACUGGCCAACCUGACUCGCCACGGCCUGACCCACACCGGGGUGCGUCCGUACCGUUGUGACAUUUGCCACCGGGCUUUCACGCAGUCCUCCAACUUGCGGCAGCACCGCCUGCUCCACAGUAACCCCACCCCCUCGGCGUGCCUGGACUGCUCCGCCACAUUUAUCCGGCCGUCGAAGCUCGUAGCCCACAGAUUCCUUAACCACCCGGGAGCACCGGCGCCGUACUGCUGCCCGCACUGUCCCAAAGGGUUCUUGCGCAAGAAGCAGAGGGAUCUGCACUGCCUGGAGGAACAUCCCAACCUGACCCACCCUUUUACAGACUCCGUUAACGAAUCAGGUAAUAAAGGUCAGCAGGCGUCUAUCGAGGGUGUAGAGCAGGCUGUUACUUUGGUCCAGAAGCCAAACUUAGACUGCACGAUUUGUGGAAAGCGCCUGAACUCGAUGGCUAACCUGCGCCUCCAUCAGUUGAGCCACGGACUAGGACCGGGCCGCCCACGUGGUUCCAGCUCAGGCGCUGGGAAAUCGCACCCGUGCCCCGUAUGUGGGAAGUUAUUCGUCUCUGCAUCAAGCGUCACGUUGCACCAGCGCGUUCACACAGGCGAGAGGCCGUACCCUUGCGCCGUCUGCGGCAAGCGCUUCCGGCAGAACACCCACCUGCGCGAGCACCUGCGCACUCACUCGGGCGAGCGGCCGUUCCGCUGCGAGUUCUGCAACAAGGGAUUCGUGCAGAGCAUGCACCUGGUCGAGCACAGACGAACGCACACCGGGGAACGACCGCACACGUGCGCCGAAUGCGGAAAGACCUUCAAGACCAUCUCAAACCUGAGGAACCACCGCAAGACUCACAUCAAGGCGCAACACGAAACAGAGCAAGGCACAGACGCUGACCUGGAGACGACCACAGUGGAGGGUGGCCUUGCGACGCUGGCGGUGGUGAACGCCACAGAUGGGAACUUCUGCUCACAGCCACAACUCAUACAGAUCCAGACUUCUGAUCUAGAGCAGACCCAAGGCACUCCCACCAUCAUGUGUAAUGAGUUUGGAGAAGCGAUAGCGAUCAUCGAGACGAGUGGCGAUCUGGCAGAGGCUAUAGAGCUUUACCACACGGCGCUGGAAGGCGGAAUCAGCAUGGACACCAUCACUUUGGACAACCUGCAGCUCAUGUGAAUCAGGAAGAGCAUCAGGGUCCGAGACCACACCGAGUGAGGACUUGAGAAUGGGUGCUGAGAAUCGAUCUGAUCCACACAAGGGUGGAAACUGCGUCAGUCUGGCGAUUAUCAUCGAUCUUAAAGAUAUAGAGGAGCCUAGUUAGAGUGAUUAACUAACCGAGUGUUUCAGGGAGUGUCGGUCUGUAUUUCUGAGGGAUUUCGGCUCGUGAUUUACAAUCCCGAGCAUCUUAGACUCCAACACACUGAGAAUACCAAACCUGAGCUGGUCUGUGUUAUAACAGUGUUAUAUUAGUGACUCUCAUCAUCGCACCAAAUAGAGAUGAAUAUAGCUGCAGGAUAAGUGCAGACGGCAUCUUUUUUUGUUUUGUUUUUUGUUUAGGACAAUACACUGUUGUGGGGCAUGUUCCUUAAAAGGAACUUUUAAUUUACAAGCAUUGAAUUGAACAGGAAACCAUAGCCACAAGGGAAAACGUCUGAGCAGAUGCAAGCACUCACCUCAGGCACUGUGAUGAUGAGGUAGUGCAUUAAUGCAGACAGAUAAAAAAAAAAUAAAAAAAAGAGUGCCUGUGCUGCUUUUUCCUGAUUUUACCAGUUUACCUCUCAAGGGUCACAAGUGUCUGAAUAUGUUCUUAUUAAUGUUUUUUUUUAUGAUUAAUUAUUAUUAUUGUAUAUCUGGAAUGUCAAAGAUUGUUGUAAAUAAAAAUUUACACUUUGUCUCA